UACUGCACUUUGGGUGACCCUGGCUGGCGCCAUUAAGGUGCUUUAUAAAAAAAAUAAAUAAAAAUGAAAGCCAACAGUCUUGAAGGAGUUCCCAGAGGUGUUUAGCACUUGUUGGCCCCUACACGGUCAUGAAAAUGAAGAAAACACAUUGAAUGAGAAUGUUUGGCCUGUACUCUAUGUUAUCUCAACUGGUUGUUCUGCAGCAGGCGCCGUGUAGAUGAGGUGGUAGGGAACCAAUAAUCCUAGAGGCAGGUUCUGUUGCCCUUUGCAUCACAUGCAGAGAUGUUUAAGCUGCAAGAUUAUUUUAAACAUGUAAUUUUCACAUAAUUUAGGUGGGCUGCACUGUGGCGCAGUGUGUAGCGCUGUUGCCUUGCAGCAAGAAGGUCCGUGCUGGCAACCUGUCCUACUGGAGGUAGGCGCCAGCCCCUUGUGACCCUGCGUGGAUAAGCGGGUACAGAACAUGGAUGGACAAUCUAAGUGCAGGGACCAUGAGAGGGAGGGAGUCAGUUUAGUUCUUCUAUAGUUAAUUUGAACUUUCAAGGUCCAGACACCAAAAUGAUCUUCUUUACAUUAAGUUCUGCUCUGCUUCAUUCUGGUUUUACAGGUGGGAGGCCAAACUGGACCAACGCUGGAUGUGAAACCAUAAAAGAUGCAAAUGGAGGGAUUAUAUGUCAGUGUACACAUCUGACGUUCUUCGCUAUAUUACUGACUCCCAUAAACGAAACCAUCUCCAGCACAGACCUGAAGUACCUCACCACCAUCUCACAGGCUGGCUGUGGCUUGUCCAUGUUCUUCCUGGGCGUAGGCCUCUUCAUGCAUUUUCUUAUAAGGAGGACUAAGGCGAGUCAGACUACGGUUAUUCUCAUCCACCUGAUGUUGGCCAUGUUCCUGCUGAACUUCACCUUCCUGAUCAACAACAGCAUUGCAAAGAUGAAAAACCUGGUGGGCUGUCAGGUGAUGGCAGCCAUCAUGCACUUCUCCAUGUUGGCCACGUUCAGCUGGUUUGCUGGACAGGCCUUCCACCUCUGUCUGCAGCUCUACACUGGAGGCCAAAUUGCCAUCAAACGCUACAUCCUCAAAAUCUCUGCCAUCAACUGGGCUCUCCCAGCUGUAAUUGCAAUUAUUAUUGCCUGCUUAGGAAAAUACGGUCUUGAAACCAUCUAUGCUGAUGAUCCUGCAAACAAUGUGGACAUGUGCUGGAUAACUGAUGUCUACGUUCACUACAUUGUCAACAUUGGCUACUAUUCGCUGGUCUUCCUCUUCACCUUCACCACUGUCAUCAUCACUGUUUCCUGGCUCUUUGGUCUCAAGAAAUCCAAAGUGGCUGGUGAAAAAGGGGGCACAAGUGGCAAAAGUGUGUUAACCAUCAUGGGCCUGUGCUGCCAGCUGGGUGUCACGUGGGGCUUCGCCUUCUUCGCCUACGGUGCCCUCCGGAUCCCCGCCACCUACAUUUUCACAAUCCUCAACUCCUUCCAGGGUUUCUUCCUGUUCAUCUAUUACUACAACUCAACAAAAGCAAGAGCCAAUGCUGCUGCAGGAAGCUCCAGCACACAGACCUCCACCAGCGUCAGCACCAUCAAGAGUGGUCUGGAUGUCGUAUUUAACCCCUAUGACAUUACUCACCAAAAAUCUAAAUAA